UGUCAGGGAGGUGAAGAACCUCAUUAAUUGGUGGUGUCGGAGUGGGCGAAAAAAUGCUGCCCGACGCGCUUGUCGCCAGCCUGAUCCCGGCGGCUGCCGUGAUCGGUAUCCUCUUCGCUAUUUUCCUAUGGAAGCGCGUGUCCGCUGUCCAGAUGACUGGCGGUCGUCUCAUCUCCAGCCAGAAUGGCCGCGAGUAUCUCCUGGAAGAGGAGCAGCGCGGGGGCGAGGAGGAGGUUGUUUCCAGGGCUGCUGACAUUCAGAAAUCCAUUUCUGAGGGUGCCUCGUCGUUCCUGGCCACCGAAUAUUACUAUCUCGGUAUCUUCAUGGUCAUUAUGGCUGCUGUCAUCUUCUCGCUUCUGAGCAUUGUUACCCCCGAGGAGGGCCGCACUCGUGACGAUGAGGUCCGGAACGGCAUCUUUUCGACGGUCGCCUUCGCUCUGGGCGCUGCUACCUCGAUUCUGUCCGGCUACCUGGGCAUGCAGAUUGCUACCUAUGCUAACGCCCGCACUGCUGUUGAGGCUCGCAAGGGCAUUGCCCCUGCUUUCAUGUGCGCUUUCCGCUCCGGCGCUGUCAUGGGCUUCCUGCUGUCGGGCUUCGGCCUCCUGAACCUCUUCCUCGCCAUCAGCGUCUUCGCCAAGUUCUACAAGGACGACUGGAAGGGUCUGUUCGAGGCCAUCACCGGCUACGGUCUGGGCGGCUCCUCCAUCGCUCUGUUCGGCCGUGUGGGCGGCGGCAUCUACACCAAGGCCGCCGAUGUGGGUGCUGACCUGGUGGGCAAGGUGGAGAAGGACAUCCCCGAGGAUGACCCCCGCAACCCCGCCGUGAUUGCCGACAACGUGGGCGACAACGUGGGUGACAUUGCCGGCAUGGGCGCUGACCUGUUCGGCUCCUUCGCCGAGUCCACCUGCGCCGCGCUGGUCAUCUCCGCCGUGUCCUCGCUGGGCCGCGACCACGACUACAGCGGCAUGAUGUUCCCGCUGCUGGUGUCCGCCACGGGCAUCAUCGUGUGCCUGCUCACCACCUUCAUCGCCACCGACCUGAAGCCCGCCAAGGUGAUCUCCGAGAUCGAGCACACCCUGAAGAUGCAGCUCAUCAUCUCCACCCUGCUCAUGACCCCCGUCGCGCUGGGUGUGGCCAUGACCGCCCUGCCCGCCGAGUUCACCCUCUCCGUGCCCUCCAGCUCCACGGACAAGGCCUUCGAUGAGAAGACCGUCAAGAACUGGUACAUGUUCGUGUGCAUCGCCACCGGCCUGUGGGGCGGCCUGCUGGUGGGCCUGCAGACCGAGUACUUCACCUCCAACCGCUACAAGCCCGUGCAGGACGUCGCUGAUGCCUGCCGCACCGGCGCCGCCACCGACAUUAUCUUCGGCCUGGCGCUGGGCUACAAGUCCUGCAUCAUCCCCACCAUCGUGAUCGGUGUGGCCAUCUACGUGGGCAACACGCUGGCCGGCAUGUUCGGCAUCGCCUGCUGCGCGCUGGGCAUGCUGUCCACCCUGGCUACCGGUCUGGCCAUCGAUGCCUACGGCCCCAUCUCCGACAACGCCGGUGGCAUUGCCGAGAUGGCCGGCAUGGGUGAGGACAUCCGCGAGCGCACCGACGCCCUGGACGCCGCCGGCAACACCACCGCCGCCAUCGGCAAGGGCUUCGCCAUCGGCUCCGCCGCGCUUGUCUCCCUGGCCCUGUUCGGUGCCUACGUGACCCGCGCCAAGAUCGACAUGAUCCACUCCUCCAUCCUGGACCCACGGGUCUUCUCCGGCCUGCUGCUGGGCGCUAUGCUGCCGUACUGGUUCAGCGCCAUGACCAUGAAGUCGGUGGGCAAGGCUGCGCUGGCCAUGGUGCACGAGGUCCGCCGCCAGUUCAACACCAUUGCCGGCAUCAUGGAGGGCACCACCCGCCCCGACUACAAGCGCUGCGUCGCCAUCUCCACCCAGGCCGCCAUCAGCGAGAUGAUUGCCCCCGGCGCGCUGGUCAUGUUCACCCCCGUCGUGGUGGGCGCGCUGUUCGGCACCCAGUGCCUGGCUGGCGUGCUGGCGGGCGCUCUGGUCAGCGGCGUGCAGCUGGCCGUGUCCAUGUCCAACACCGGCGGCGCCUGGGACAACGCCAAGAAGUACAUUGAGGCUGGCGCCACCGAGCACGCCCGCGACCUGGGUGGCAAGGGCAGCGACUGCCACAAGGCCGCCGUCAUCGGCGACACCGUGGGCGACCCGCUCAAGGACACCUCGGGCCCGUCGCUCAACAUCCUGAUCAAGCUCAUGGCCGUCGAGUCGCUGGUGUUCGCGCCCUUCUUCUACAACUGCGCGCACGGCCAGGGCCUGAUCUUCAAGUGGUUCGGCCUGGUUCAGUAAGCGGGCAGCAGUUGCUGCGUUGUUGGGGGGCUGCAGUGUUAGUCAACGGUGUUGCUGUGGUACGGGGGUGGUUGUGCGGUGGUGGCAGAUGGCUACCGUGAAAGGUCCGUGUUUGGUCAGUCCGUAGGCUUCCAGCGUGACCCGACGUGAGGGUGUCUUGGGGCCGAAGGGCUGUGCCGGAGGCCUUGGUUUCCGUCGCCAUUGCUGUGCAAGCGGCCCGGAAGCAGAGCUGUGCGCUGCAGCUGCAUGGUUGGCAGGUUACCGAUGCAGCCGGGGGGCCCUAACAGGGUUUCUGCUGGUUUUUGCUGCGUUUGCGGCGGCGGUGAUUGCUGGACGUCGUAGGUGCCGCUUUUCCUCUCGCUUUGAGUGCUGGGUUGUGAAGUGCAAAAGUACUGGUGCUGAGAGCUUCGGGUAUUCGGGCGCGAGCCUCUCAAGCGUGAAUUGGGGUACAGCGCUAAUAGCCAUAGCCGGGUGUUUUGGUGUUGCGUGGUUCGCGUGUUGUUAUCGUGCUACGUAAAGUUGCCUUGCAUGCUACGCAGGAGUUGUAGGUGUGUUGGCUUGCACGUGCAGUGGUGAAAGGCCAGUGCGCUUCAGUCAGUGAAGCACAGCAGGGUACAGGCCGCUUGCGUGCGUCCUCUGUUGGGGCUUUUCCGUGUGUCUUGUCCGUCUGGUUAACGGUUGUUUUCUCGGAGUUGGGUUUGCUGGCACUUGUUGUCGGCUCCCGACUGCUGCGCUACUGAUUCCAAUCCGGCCCAGCUUCACUUGUGUGCGGGGAGGCUUGCAUUUAUGACCUGGUAUGUGUCGUCAUGCCAUUGGUUUGAGCUCGCAUUGUGGGGGUUUCCAUGCAACAGGUACAUCCCUAUGCCAACGCGAUAAGGGAAUGUAAGCAUGAUGCCCUGUG